GGUUCCUUGCGUCACAGACAUUUUACACAGAAGCUUGUGCCGGUGAAGAGAGAGAAAGACUUUGGCACAGUUUGAGACAUUGAUGAGAUCUCUUCUGAAGCUAUAGAGGAGACACAUAUAUAUUUAAUUUCUCUGCUAUUCUGGACAAUAUUCAUUCGUCAAAUCACAAUGUAGUCCAUCACUGAUAUCUCUGUACAAGUUUGGUUCUUGGAACAACACUGUAUGUACUGGAUUGCCAUCAUGUGUGGUUUAAGUUUAGUACUUCACACAUGAUUGUUCAUUAAAGCAGCUGGCACAGAAAUCCACAGGACUGAAUGCUAGAGAGGUGGUAACAGGAAAGCGAUAUGAGGAGAGGACGCAGAAAAGGAGGAAGUCGGGAGAAGGUGUUCGGUUGCGACCUGCUUGAACAUCUGACCUCCACCGCGCAAGAGAUUCCUCUAGUAUUACGCAGCUGUAGUGAAUUUAUUGAGGAACAUGGAAUCGUUGAUGGGAUUUACAGACUGUCGGGAGUUUCGUCCAAUACACAGAAAUUAAGAUCUGAGUUUGAUUCUGAAGGAACUCCUGACCUCUGUAAGGAUGUUUAUCUGCAGGAUAUUCACUGUGUCAGUUCUCUGUGUAAAGCAUACUUCAGAGAACUGCCCAACCCUCUACUCACAUAUGAACUCUACGAUCGCUUUGCUGAUGCCGUGGCUAUUCAACUGGAAGAUGAGAGACUGGUGAAGAUUAAAGAGGUGUUGAAGGAUCUACCUGUCCCUCAUUACAGGACUCUGGAAUAUUUGAUGCGACAUCUGGUCAAGAUGUCCACAUUUGCAUCUCAGACCAACAUGCAUGCCAGAAACCUUGCCAUCGUUUGGGCCCCAAACCUCCUCAGAUCGAAGGACAUCGAGUCGACCGGUUUUAACGGCACAGCAGCAUUCAUGGAGGUGCGAGUUCAGUCCAUCGUGGUGGAGUUUAUUCUCACUCAUGUGACCGAGCUCUUCCCUGGAUCAGGUUUGGCUGUGGAGCGCAGGAAGUCCCUCCCCUCACCCUCAGUGCUGUCCAAUCAGGAUGACCAUUUCUUCAAGUCUUUGCCUUUGCAUUGUUCAGGAAACCUCAGUCCUGGUGAUGGGCCACCACCCAUGCGACCAUACCAUGCAAUCAUCGACGGCACUGACAAGAGGAAGGGUUCCCUCAAAGGCAGAAAGUGGAGGUCUAUCUUUAAUUUGGGUGCGAGACUGCAUGAUCCACGCAAGAAAAACAAAUAUUGUCCUAAAGAUAAAGAGGAGAUGACUCUGCGGCCGGCGAAAAGUAUGGACUCUCUGAGCACAGGGCCUUAUGGGGUGGAAGAUUCGAAGCAUCCUCCUCUGGUCCUGUCCGUGGCCUCAGGCAGCUCAGAGGGCAUGUCUUCUGUUGGUGGGGGCAUGUCUAGUGGUUAUGCGGUGACUUACCGGCGUACGGGAGGGGCACAGGUGAGCAUGGUGAGUGGAGGGACUGCAGGUACUUACAAUCGUCUGGAUGCAGGGGGCGGAGCCACUGGAGCAGAAGGGUCAUCGCAUGGCGUGUCCAGGUCACCAGGCAUGACGAACAAAGCGGACCGGCGCGCCGGUAUCCACAUAUCAGGACCCUUCUCAGUGACUGUUCCCCUUCACAUUACUUCGGGUUUGGCUUUGGGUGUUCUACAGGGGGGCUGGAAUGAGAAGGAAGAAGACGGUGAGGAAGAUCAACCAGAAACAGAAGACGGCAAUGACACAGGGCAGAAAGAGGAAGAGAGGAUGUCCACAGAUGGGAAUUCGCAAACAGAGAGAAAAAAUAAUGAUGUUCUAGAAAUCAACUUGGACAGUCAGGUGGAUUGUGGGAAGGAAAUAACAAUGAUUACAGGAAAGGAGAACGUUACGCCGGAGAAGCAAGACACAACCAUAGGAGCAGAGAAGGAAGAUCUGACCCUGAAUCAAGAGCCUGUGAAGGCAAAUGUAGAAGAUACAGAGCCACAGGACAAAAAAGAAACCAUUGAGGGGGUUUACAUGGACAUGAGAGGACACCUGAAUCAAGAAUCAUCAGCAGCUCAGUGGGGGACUGACUGUAAACUGUCCCCCGUGUAUGUGGAGUUUUCUGAACAGGAUUUUCCACUGGAUGUCCAGGAAGCUUUCGGGUUCCUCGAUUUGAUGGACAGCAGUGCAUCAAACCAGAUUGAGUUUUCCGUAGAGCCACCCUGUUUUGAAGAGGAAGAUGAGGAAGUGGAGGAUGAAAACAAGGACAAUCAGGCUCUCUCCUGCGCAACACAAAACCACAGUAUUGCCUCUGAAGUGCCUGUAGCUAAAAGCAUCAGUCCGACAAUCAAACACAGGCCUCUACCUGGCAAAUCACACAGUUUACCUUAUAAGUCCCGCCCCUUCAUGCCCGCCCUGUCAUUAUCCUCAGAUGACGAAUACAGCCCUGGUGACGAUGAUGAAGAUGAUGAUUCCGAUAAAGGCUCUGAAUAUGAGGACAUGUUUUGUCAAAGUCUCCCAUCCAGUCGUGAUUUUCACGGUCUAUCCUGGUCAAGUCCACAAACAUCUGCUUCAGUGAACAGUGUGGUAGAUGUUCACUCCAUCAACCAAUCAGAAUGCUUAGAUGAGGAACACAGAAUAUAUCUUCCAGAGUACAUUAAAGAUGUGCAAUCCAUUAUCCAAUCAGAAGACGUGAUUCUUGCAGCUACCACAAUAAUAGAUAACCGUGAAGAGCAUCUCAGUUCAGACGAUUUAAAGAUGAACGAUCAUCAUAUGGAUGAAAAGAAGAAUGAAGAGAGAGAAUCAGAGGACGUGGAGAAUGAUAUAGACACUUUAACGGUAGAAGACAACCCAGAAAGUGAAGCCAGUGAAGAGGACACAUAUUUUGGACCAGACUUGAUACCGUCUUUGCCAGAGCCCAACCAGACCAAGAUCGCCUCGAACAUCAGCGUCCAUGAUGAGCCCAUCCAAGGACAGUUUACAGAUGUAGCGGUUCAACAGGUGCCGGAUGCCGACGUUUACCAAGACAACACAGUGAGUGAUGUCAUAAUCGCAGAUGACCUCACUGUCACGGACUCCGCCUCUUUGGCUCCUCAAGACGAAGUGAAGAUGGAUCACCCGCCGGAGGAACAAAAAACUUUUUCCGGUGACAGAGACGUGAUUGAGGAGAUGAGGACAUCGGAAGAUGGUGCAACAGAGGAGGAAGAGAAGAAAAGUGAUGAAACUACAGAAGAAGGGGAAAAGAUAUUGGAGGCUGAAGAGUUAAAAACGACUGAACAUGAAGAAAAAUGGAGUGAAAAUGAAGAGAACCCUGAGGAAAAAGCUGAAAAUAUGGAAGAGUUUAUAAACAUCAAUGAAAUAGUUCAGGAGUUGGAGGAAAAUGGGUCUGUAGAAGGAUGUAGUGAUGAAAAAGUAGAACAAAAAGAUUUAGAGGAAAACGAUGGAGAAAAGAUGAGCAAUGACAAGAAUGUUGGAGGUUCUGAGGAGAACGCCAACAAUAAAACAGACAGUUGUUAUGAGUUAAGUUCUACAGACAUAGCUGAGGGAAAUAUAUCUCAUGAAGGAAUAACAGAAGAGAUAUUUGAAGUAAGUUCAUUUAGUAACGAUCUUGAACAGUCUACAUUCAUCCAUCAACCAGAUGAGAUUCCAUGUGAAAAAAUGGAGGACAGGGAGAUGGAAGAGGAGGCAAUGAUCCCAGACGUCGAAUUGCCACAAAGUGUUGAACACAAUGAUGCACCAGAGCUGGAGAGGGUGACAAACGAUCCCAAACAGUCUCCAAGUAAAUUGCCAUAUCAGGUGAAGGCCGUACCUGUUGUCCCACCCAAACCUCAAAACUCCAAACUCACCGCUUUCACUCUCAGACAAAAGCAAAGAUAUUCACAAGUAAUGGACACAGAUGGGCAACAUGCCAAACUGGAUGAGACAGACGAACAGCACAUAGAAAACAAGAAACAGAGAGAGAAUGAAAAGACAGAGGAAACCGAUGAAACCACAGAGAUCGUUAAAAAACAGCUGAAGGAAACCGAUGUGGAUGGGAUGAGUCGGGAAGACGAGACAAUGCAAGAAAGGGAGGAUCCGAGAGAAAGACAGGGGACUUGGGAUGGUGGGAAAGAUGUCAUCAGGGAAACGGAGAAAGAGGUGAAGAGGAACAGCACCAUCAGUAUGUGUUUCGAUGAAGCUGUCGCUCGAGCCACAGUGAAGAGGAGCAGAGAGAGAGAAAACACAGACAGAUUAUCAGGAGUUCAGAGGGAACGAGAGAACAGAAGAGACAGAUCCAAAACCCGAGAGAAAGAGGACGAGAGCAAAACUGACUAGGGGACCAUGUAUGAUCAAAUGUGUAAAAUACUGUGUGCAAAGAACGGCAAACAACUUCUUCUUUCGGCUGCUCCCUUUAGAGGUCACCAUAGCGGACCAUCUGUGAUCUGCAUAUUUGACUUGGCACAGGUUUUACGCCGGAUGCCCUUCCUGACGCAACCCCGAGUGGCUGGGGGACUCUCACUCACACCUACGGGGCAAUUUAGAGCCUCCAAUUCACUUAACCUGCAUGUUUGUGGACUUGUGGGAGAAACCGGAGCACCCGGAGUAAACCCAACGAGAACAAAAGGAGAACAUGCAAACCCCACACAGAAAGGCCCAGUUGAGCCGGGACUCGAACCCGGGACCUUCUUGCUGUGAGGCGACAGUGCUAACCGCCCAAAAGAACGGCAAGCAACUAAUGUACCUAUUCUACUUUUCUUUCAAUACCAAUACCAAUUUUAUCAUGCAUCAAAAUGUUUUUAUUCAAAUAAACGCAGCCCACCUUUCAGGCUUGUUCUAUCGCAAUUGUCACACAGUCAUCCGAAUUAAAGGUGCUAUAAGCGAUAUAUUUCAGUGAAUAUAUCACUGAAAUAAGUGUCAUGAGGUAUCUCACCGGUCUCUGUGACAGCUCUAGACUUUGUAAACAACAUAUAAAAAUGUGUCCGCGGGCCGCGGCCUCUAACGCUUUCUGCCUGUCAAUCAUUUUGCGCGUUCUCAUAGUGUUGUCGUUGCAGCGAAUUAUAUAUUUUGAGGCUUAAUGCCAUAUUCUGAUUUAUAAUUUGUAGUUGAGGGCGCUAUUUCGCUGCUGUUGUAUUUGACAACCGUGGGAACAUGCUUUGUGUCGGUUUCAAACGAUAUUUUAGAGCUACUUAGUUUCAACGGUAUCGGGUGCGUUGUUUUGGAAAGAGGGGUCGUGGGUAAAUCAACAACUCAGUCUCGUGGAAGUGAAUUGCUUACAGCACCUUUAACUAUUCAUUUUAAGUAUUAGUAUUAACUAUUAAAUCAAAGCUGUCCAUUUUCAGCCAGCUUAUCAAUUAAGGUUGUAGCAGUUUAAUGUUGUGAUCAUUGUAGUGUUUGUAAUAAAUGUUAAAGGGAUAAUACAAGUUCAGCUCAAUCGACAGAAUUAAUUUUAGUGGUAAUCAACAUGAUCCCACAAAUGCUGUCGAUUGAGCUUAACUUGUACUACUCCUUUAAUACAUUCAAAGGCACAUAAAAAGAGCAACUCAGGGAACAAACACAGAAUCUGUAUCGAGAAAGGAUGUGUUAUACUGUAUAUUCAAAUGUCAUAUUUUUUAGAAAGCCUCUGUUGUCGCAAACAUUUCUAUUCAAUAAAUUAGUGUUUUCUUUA